UGCUGAAAUUAAAAAAUAUGUCAGGCCGUCACCGUCAGAGACUCAGUGGUGGACUCAGGGUACAUGGAAUAAAACAAUUGCAGCUUUUCAACAAAAGUUUUAUUCUUUUCUUAGUGGCAUAAUAUUGCAAAUUGCGAAUUUCGUUUUUCAGUUUCAGCUUUUACUUCAUCCACAUAAUAAAUACAGUUUAAUGGAAGAUUGAAUUUGCUUAUUCCAACAUGCCAGCGCCAACUUCUGCUAUUCUUCCCCAACCAAAUGCUUCUUCUAAGACAAUUUUUGUCAACCAUAUGAGCACAAAAAAGCAAAUGAAUAACACACUGCAAAAUAGUCACGAUUUUGGAAUGAUGAAGUUUGAUCUUCAGUUACUUCUUGAAAGGCAAUCUCUAAAUGAAACCUGGAACAAAUUAGUGAAAAAUGGGUUGCUAACAUCAGAUCAGAUAAACCUGAAUGUUGAUGGAAUUAACAAUAAAACUAUUGGUUCCCCAAGUGGGAAUUUCCCUUGUGCUUGCUGUGAUGGUGAGUGUGAUUUAAAAUGUCAAACUCUCUCUCAAAACUCUACCAGUUCGGAAAAACCAGUAGUCAAAUUUCUCAAUUCCUGGGCAUGGAACAAGGAUGUUGGUUUAGACAGCAUGUUUGAAUUUAGGAAGAAUUUGGAGUUGCAAUUAGAAGAUCUGUGCACAAAAUCUGCUCAGAGCACCUUGUGUCUUCAGAAUUUACUGAAACAACUAACACUUUUCCGUCGGCACAUUGAAGAAAUAGGGAAAGUUCGCCAUGUCGAAGAUUCGAGAGCCAGGAUUAUUGGGGGUUUGAACAAAGAUGAAUUGGAUAAAUCCAAUGUCCAAAGAAAAUGGGUGUAUGAAGAGAUAGAUAGUACUUCAACAGAGAAGAACAAAAAUGUCUCGUCGUCACCUCGAACCAUAAUGACUACCUUAACUGAAGUAGGAUCUAAUGCUGCUCUCAAUUUUCUCUUUGCAUUUUUUCGUCGGGCUUGGCAAUCAGGUGAAGACGGAGAUGCUUGUUUUGAGUUGCUGGUUCAUGCGCUUGAAUCACUUCGCAGUUUACCUCCUACCUCAAUUUUUCACCUACUACAUCAGAGGGAUAAUAACACGUUUGGAUUGUGGUUUAGACUGCUCGACAAGUCCACCUCUUUUCUGCGUUCCAUUGUUUUCGAGGAAAAUUCUUGCUCUAUUCCUCUUCGAGAUAGGCAAGUGGCACUGCAGCUUUUGUUAGAAGUCAGCAUUCAACGUGGUAGCCUUCUCUGCGUUUUACAAACUGUUCACCUUUUACUCGAGUUGUGGGACGUUGAAGAGAGUGGACAAGACAAUCGUUCUAAUAAUCGAGGACUCACGGUUGCUCCUUUGAUACUAACUCUCCGACGAUGGAGUGCCGUCCAGCAAGCACAAACUGGUUCAUCCAAAGAGUACAUCGACGAAAUGUAUGCUACUAGUCCAUCGGCUUGUCUCUUGAGGCAGGCUAGCUUAUCGCCCGAACCAGAAGAUGGUGACAAAGAUGUCGAUGUUGAUCUCUAUCAAGCCGCUGUUCUGAUUUUGGCUCAUUUGGAUCGAUUAGCAUCUCCAUUUAUUCAAACAUUUAAAUCGGAUCGCGUAGUUAUGGAAAAUACUUUAAUUCGAUUGGAUUUGAGCGCCGCUACGGUGGAUCGGUUCACAGUAGUCCAGAAACUUCCAAUAACGAUAGAUCAAGUUGUCUGCACAGCCCUUGGUCUCCUGAUUCUUUCCGGCGAUGGCAAAGUGUACACAAUCAGCUACAACGAUCAAGAACCGACGCUUAGAAACCUCAACUGUUUUUCAGCCUUUCCUGUUGCUGAAAUUGGAUUUAUGGCAGGCAACUGUGUGUGUGCCGUUCUUACUCAUUCGGGACAAGUUUACUUGUGGCCUUGGAUGGAAGAUAGCGACGACAAUCCAACAAUGGUCAUCAUUUCUGAUCAAGAUAUUGUUCGAAUUAGUUGUGGAGAUGAAUAUGGGGUUGCGUUGUCCAAGAACGGAGAAAUUUACAUUUGGGGUGUUCAAUCGAGUGGUUCGCAGCAAGCUGUGUUGUUUUCCCAUUUCUGUUCUCAGAGAAUAGUAGAUGUUCAUUGCUGCUUUGAUCAUGCUGCUGUCGUCACCGAGGCUGGGAGUGUCCACUGCUUUCUUCUAAGCGAAGCGUUUGGCAGUCAAAACAGUCACAUCAGUCGUGCCGCUGCAGCUCACAAUAGCCCCGUGGAAUCUUUGUUACCGUAUAACAUUCAGAGGGUCUGGCUGCUCCCCGUAGACCAGUGCAACCCAUACAGCUGCAACUGUUGCAUCGUAGGACUAACAGACAAAGGUUCCCUGUACGUCAGUCCAGCUCCGUCGAAUCAGCAACGAUGGAUGCAUCACGUAGGGGCCAUUUUGAUCAAAGGCCUAGAUGGGCGAAGAAUUGCACAAGUUGAAGCCGCUCACAAAUUUCUACUCGUCCGAACGGAUAACGGACAGGUGUUUGGGUGGUUUCCUUCUGAAAAAUUUCCGAGUUCACAGACUUCACAUAAUGGCCAGUCGUGGAAUUCCGCCUUCCAGAAUCGCUGGCCAAUUCACGUCACGCCAAUAGCGGAACUGAAUUCUUCCUUUCAAGGAAUUGCAACGGAUGGAAGCCAGAUCUUUGCUUGGGGUAACUCGAGUCUGAAACCAGUGUCGGCAGAAUACCUGCCCUACAUUUUGGAACCAGUUAGCGAGACCCUUGAAAUGUUGGAACAAUUAUUGGAACGCGUCUGCGUUCAUUUGGAUCCUCUAUCUGAUUGGCCGCCUCCACAGGACGUUGAGUGCAUAGCUGUUGCCUCAUUGAAUUUACUCAGGCUUCAGUUUCAAUGGAUUUUGAGUCACGGAGAUCAAGCAGGCAUUGAAGUUGGACAUCACGGCUGCUCCUUGCCUGUGUUGCAGCGUUUGAAGAACCACGUUAUUGCUCUUGCAGGUGGAAAUCCAAAUCUGGGUGCUGUACAAGUUACAGCUCAAGCUGUUCUCCAAUUGGCUUGGAGUCUUCUUUUGCCUACUGCUUCAGAAAGAGCUUCGGCGUUGGCGACACUUUUGCAAAGAGACGACGAAUAUGAUAGUUGUGGUGGACGUUUCAUGGCUGAUUUAUUGGUGACUUCCAUGAUGGCGGAUGGAGGCUUAGAAGCAGCUUUCGAAGCUUCAUUGUUAGCUGAAGCAAAUGAUCUUGAGAUCAACGGACGAUGCAAUAACGACGCGGUAUUGAGAAUUCAGACUCAGGUCGUGAACAACCCAUUAACUCAACGAGCAAUGGACGAUGCUGCCAACAAGGCCAAACUCCGCACACCUGAAGCUGUGUCUAAUCAGUUCACAUCUUCCAGCGUUCCUUUGCCGCAACUCGUCCACCAGUUGCUAAGGAAUUUCAGUCAGCAAUCUUUAAGCGCAUUGCGCAACAUUGGGUGUUGUGAUGAGACGGAGGAGACGCCGCCUGUUGCCAGCGAUCCCGGACUUCAAUUGCUGCUGCAGUUCCAGCGGUUGCUACUUAUUCGGUUAUACUCUGAGGAUUCUUUCAACGUGGCUGCCAGCGGUUUACUAUUCAAGUACGUGUCUUGGCUGUGCGAUCACACCAAGGAAAACCUUGAAGCUUGCUCUGUUUUGCUGGGGCAACAGCCUAGCGCCGUCAGCGGCAUAAUGACUGCAAUUCGCAAUAGCGUUGUUGGUAUCCUCUUGGCUGAAUUCGUCAUCGGACUCAUUCUUUUAGAGCAACAGCGUCCGGAGCAUCAUCUAAAUUUGCCUCUGGAUCAGCUGAGUUCUAUACUUGCCCUCCUAAACAAAGUGGCCGGGCAAUUGCCCAUGCAGUUUAUGGAGAGAGAGAUUGUAUCGUGGCCGGGCGUCUUUGCUUGGCCUACAUCCGUCAAUGAAUCUUCUCAGCUGAAUGGCACACCGCAACAUCGACCGUCGGUUCCGAAACAACUUCAAACAUUGCCGCUGAUUCGCCGGGCGGAAUUCGAGAACCAUAACAAAGAUGGAGGACUGUGGUUGAUCAUCAGUGGCAAAAUCUACGACAUUCAAGAUUUCAAAACGAUAGCCCCUUGUGGUGGGGAACUCCUUGUCCGAUGGGCUGGAUGUGAUGCGACCGAUGCUUUUAUGGGGGCUUGUCACUCCGCUUCGGCUCAGGCCUUACUACAAACCUUUUGCGUGGGAACGCUAGAGCAAGAAGAAUUGGAUGAAGAUAAACAGAAAGAAACUUGUAAUGUUUCCGUCCCAUUAUCUAGUGCCGCCGCGAUUGAAAGUUUCAGAGAUUUGGCCUUCCAUUUGAGUAUCUUGAUCGGGGCAAAUUCCCGAAAAUUAAUCCGCUCACUUCAUUUGCAACCUUUGAAAGACAACUCUUCUUCGUGGUUAAACGCAACUUUCUUUAAAGGCGGCUUACAGGACCAAUUACCCCUUGAUCCGUUCAAUGAGGAAAAAGGUGACGUGCGGACAUGUGGCAGCAGUUGCCCUCCUUCCGUGGCUUCAACUCCUUGCGACGUUCCUGCAAUUCCGGAAGAGCCUCUGGAAACUCCCGUUUCAGAAUUUGAACGUCUGCAAUUCUGGUUGUACCAGUUGGCAGAGAAAACCUCCGAGAUGGAAGAACUUCCGUUGCGAUCAUUUCGCUCAAUGGUGAUUCACAAUCAACUACUGUCUGGACCACCCAACUUGGACCAAGAUCAUCCAUUGGAGGAAGUUGGUUGGCUCUUGCUUGCAGUCUUGCUUUACCAUCACGGUGCUGCCGGUUUGGUGUUUAACAAAACGCAAAUAGAAGCAAAAGCGCUACCAGCCGAAAUCCUGGUGCUUUUUAAGACCGUCCAGCGAUGCAAGUGGCAACUUUUUCAACAGCGCCAAAAAAUAGACCAGUCGCACAAGGAAGUUUGUAGUCCCGUAAUGGAUAAGUGCAGGUUUCUACUCUAUGAAGUUAAACCAGCUGUGAAACUCCAGCAGUCACGUAGCCCGACUGAAAAUUCGUCUAGAUUCCGGCAGUUAGUCAAGUCUUAUUGGCACUCGGUUGUCGUAUCAGAUGCUUCCGCCGCUUCGUCCGAUAUUAGCCGUGAGACGUCUGUAGCAGAAUCGAAAAUUGGGGAAGAUUAUAAAUUAGACCCUUUACUGACAAACGACAUCGUGAAUUUCGUUUGCAACAGCGAAUUAACUGAUGUCGAGUCCCUACGCCGAGCAAUUAAUUGUCAGGUUACACGGGCGAAUCUUCGGUUGAACGGUUACCGAACCCUUUUGAGACUGUUGUAUGCUACCAAGCUCAACGACAGCAGCAUGGUUGGCAUUUUCAUAGGUUUUCUGGGCUGUAACGUAGUCGGAGUUCAGCCAAUAUCCUCGGUGGAACCGACCCGUUUCGUUUCCGUUCAAGAUCGCGCAUCUUUGUCUCUGCUCCGUAAGAUGCUUCUCCGCUUUUGCGCCAAACAGCUUCAGGCCAUCGUGUGGGAGUGCAGGAACCAAAGCACGGACGUCGAGUAUCAUCCGAAAAGUAGGAUCGUUACCUUCCUGCUCUCAAUCGUCAGCUCGGCAGCUUUGUCUGGCGAAGAAACCGAUACGCUUGUUACUCUUGGAAUACCGGCGAUUGUGUUGGCGCUAAGGAAACAGCUGGCCUUUCAGUCACAGACACCGCCCAUUUCCAAGGUCCAAGUGAUUUUGGAUGAAGGAGUGAGUCGUAGGAAAGGAGCCAUUUCAACCGGCAACGAUUCAUUGGCGACGCUUGCCCUAAGCGGCCAAGAAGCUGCUGCUGCCAUGAAACUUGGCGUCCGUGUCGUAAGAGGACCUGACUGGAAAUGGGGCGAUCAAGAUGGAAUUCCACCUGGAGAAGGUCGUGUCGUUGGGGAUCUGGGCGAAGACGGAUGGGUUCGAGUUCAGUGGUAUAAUGGAGCCACCAAUUCCUAUCGGAUGGGUAGAGAAGACAAGUAUGAUCUGCGAUUGGCUUAUCCGACGACUCCGUCUUGCACGGUGACCAAAACCUCGGAUUCCGUGACGCCUCAACAUGAAACUAUCAAUGAACAACUUCAUCAGUGCUUUCCGCAAAUCACUUGUCCUUUCGAUUCCAAAGGCCCGAAGCACACCUUACUUGCACUUUGCGACACUUUCUUGCUGUCCCAUUUCCUUCAAAUUGCCACUCGCCCAUCUUCAAAUGAUUCGUCGUUGGCAUUGACCGUGCGGACGUGGCGAGCGAAUGUUGAGAGCCGCUACAUCGACAACCAGUUGCAAGAUACGCAGUGGACGGAUCUCCCUUUCAUUCGUACAAUUGCGGCCGUUUCACUCAACAGCCCAUGCUCCGCCGUACACAAAGAAUUUUGUUCACCCCUGUGGCUGCAACUGCUAGUGAAACUCAUUAAAGCUGGCGGUGAUCCAGUGUGCGAAGAAACUUCAUUUUCACUGACCGCUCAACUUCAAGCCAUCGACUUGCUGCGAGUCUUACUGCCAGAGUGGACCGGCACUGUUGACCAACAGAAAGAAUUUCUGAUCCAGCUGGUGGACCUUUUAGCUGAGCAUGUUUUGCUGACUAAACCAGACGUCGUUCUCGAAAUGGCACAUUCUGAAAAUCGCCCGUCACAGAGUGAUGACUCGGACGUGGCUGUUCCCAAGGUCCCCUUGACGAGCUGCUACAACGCAACGAUAGCCGAUGCUCUGGUUGGCCUACUGCGUCACUUGUACACGUUCCCCAAGUGGACCCCGCUGAUCACUCACCUGUUGCUACGUUCCAGCACAGGCAACCACUACGCGGCGUCUUUAGCAUUUAUUGGUGGUGUCACAAAUAAACCAAGGAUCGGAGGCGACAUCGUCACUUUGGAUGGCCGCUACGGCGCUGUUAUAUGUAUUCGUCCCAGUGGACAACUUCAUGUGCAACUGCGAACUUCAGGAGAAGUGGUUUUUGUUCCAUUGACGUCAGUCCGGGCUACUCACAGUCUGAUGGAGACGCGCCACAUGCCUCUGACACACGAAAUAGUCGCUUUCUUCAUCCAGCUCUUAACCGCGGCCACCGAGGAAAUGGAAAAAGUCGAGGGAUUCGAUGAAGAUCUGUUACGGGAGCAGCUCAUCAAGGCUCUGCAACUGAAAGCCUCUCGAGCUAUUUUGUUGCAUCCGGAAUGCUUGCAGUUGGCUUUGAUGAGCCCCGUUUCUGAUGAACCAUCCGAGGCGGCUGCUUUACAGAGUUCAUCGCCAUUCCAGACUCCAACACUCGUUACAGUGCGCACUGCAUCCGCCAGUUUGUCGGGCCCUUAUUCUCUGGCGUCUUCUUUGCCGGCCGUGACAAGUCUGUCUAAUUUGGAAUCACCUGGACUGCAAAAGUCCCACUCCCUUCCGGAGUUAGACCAACAACCGCGUUCUUCUAACGGAGGUCAAUCAUCGACGGAUCGGUUGCUCCUUCACCAUUUACUACAAAAGGCGCGACUAUCCUGCCCAGUCAAAGCUACAUUAACCAGGGAGGAGCUUGAAACGGCGACAGAGGAUUUAUUGCAACAUUUGACCUACCUUGCUCAGACUGGCCAAAUUCCGCCAGACGCCAAAACCACCCAGCCCACAGAAGAGUCUUCUACGUUUGUAACUGACGGAGGUCGAGGAUCCACUCCAGUGCGGGAUCCACCUUCUGAAGAUCAAGAAUUAGCUGAAGAGGAAAAACCAAAUAACGGAGGGCCUCCAUCUCCUCUCAUGUUGCAAUUGAUGGAAAUUGGAUUCUCGAGAACUUCAGUCGAAAUGGCUUUUAAAACAUUGGGGAGUGAAAGUGUGUCAAGUAUUGAAGAUGUUAUCAACUGGUUAUUGGAAAAUCCGGAUAUGUCAGGCUCAGAGAUGAUGGAAUCGGACGGAAGGGAGGCCGCUGCCGUUGAGGGAUCAGAGGCAGUUCUACAGCCGAUAUCUUCAUACUUGCGUCAAUCAGACUUUGCCAGCAGCGACGAUUACGCGGCCUACAUUCGCGAUCAUAUUGCCAUUGGAAUGCACGUCCGUUGUUGUCGCAGCUACGACGAUCUUGGUGAAGGCGAUGUCGGGCACGUGGUUCAGCUUGAUCGUGAUGGACUUCACGAUUUGAAUCUCCAAGUUGAAUGGCAGCAAAAAGGAGGCACUUAUUGGGUCAGAUACGUUCACGUUGAAAUAAUUGGAUUUGUAAAUCCUGGCACAGCUAAGAACUCUAAGUCGGCAAACAUUGGCGUCGGCGAUCGGGUUCGCGUCAAAGCACAAAUAGCUACACCAAAGUAUAAGUGGGGAUCUGUCACUCAUCGCAGUGUUGGUGUUGUGAUUGGAAUUGAAAGCAAUGGCGACAUUACAGUCAAUUUCCCUGAGCAAAACCGUUGGACCGGAUUAUUGGCCGAAAUGGAGCGCGUCGAACCAUCGGAAUCGAACGUGACCGCCAACCCUCCGUCCCCCCAGUUGGGAUCUUUCGAUAGCGCCACCGUAGCUGCUACGUUGCAAGAUCUUGGAGAAACUUCACUGGCGGUGGCUCAUCCACUUGUCCUGUGCGACGGCUUUGACUUGAUGCCCAUUCGAGGGCCACGGUUCACCUGCCGAGUGUGCGAGGAGUUCAACCUUUGCCAGCAGUGUUUCAAUUCGACUAGCAUCGGACAUCGCCAUCCAUUCAACAGAAUUGGGCAUCCAGGUGGAGCUUCGGUUUACGCCGGUCGUCCUGGACGGAAAGUCCAACCCGCGCCAACAGUCAAAGAUUUCGUGUGCAACACUCGAACGAACGCAGGACUCAUUACUGACUGGGAGUGCUGUGUCAAAUCUCUGUGGGUCUCCUCGCGUGAAAACUGGGCCCACAGACUACUGGAUCGCACGUCUAGCUUUUGGCAGAGCUGUGGAAUGCAGGGCAAGCAUUGGAUUCGGAUGGAGUUGCAUCCGGAUGUCGUCGUCCAUUCAUUGAAAGUGCUGGUUGAUCCAGCCGACGGAAGUUACACUCCAUCUCUCUUAAUAAUAUCAGCAGCGGAUUCUCUGAGUGGGAUGAAAGAGGUGGCCGCUGUAUCGGUUGGAUUGCAGGAUACGUGGGUGAGUCUCGUGUCACCGCAGCAAAUGCAGCAACCGUAUCGGUUCAUCGAAGUGGCCAUCAAGCAAUGCCGCAACGGAGGGAUCGAUUGCAAGGUUCACGGCAUUCAAUUGGUGGGGAGAAACGUCGGCAAUUCCUUGCCGCUGGACGACAGUGCGGCAUUGGCUCGACUGCUUCCCCCAGACUUCGAAUUCGAACAGUGCAUUAAAUUAACGCAGGGAGAUUCUGCGUUCAACAAGAGCCAGCAAUCAGUCAUUCAACCCAUCAGCUCCGUUAGCGGCGCCAAACGAGUCUACGUGUGGGGUCUAAACGACAAAGAGCAACUCGGCGGCCCUAAAGGUUCCAAAAUCAAAGUCCCUCAAGCCGUCGACUGGACGGUUUCACUUCAACCAAUCAGUGUGGCCGGAGGAUCGAAAUCGCUUUUCCUCGUCACACAGAGUGGCAAGGCCUAUGCUUGCGGAGAAGGUAGCAACGGACGACUGGGAUUGGGUCAUUCGAGAAACGUCAACUCGCCACAUCAAAUCACCGCUCUGUCGCAGCACGUCGUACGGAAAGUAGCCGUGCAUUCCGGCGGACGCCACGCCUUGGCUCUGACCGCCGAUGGCCGAGUAUUCUCCUGGGGUGAAGGGGACGAUGGCAAACUCGGCCACGGAGAUGUCACUUCCCUGGACACGCCCCGUUGCAUCGAAGCUCUCAAUGGAUUUCGCGUACGAGACGUGGCUGCCGGAAGUAACCACAGUGCAGCAGUCACAUCAUCCGGUGAAUUGUACACGUGGGGUCUCGGAGAGUACGGCCGUCUGGGACAUGGAGAUAACCUCACACAGCUGACACCCAAACGCGUCGAGUCCCUGGUCGGCCAGCGUGUUGUUCAGGUGUCGUGCGGGAGCAGAGAUGCCCAAACUCUGGCACUGGUCGAAGGAGGACUCGUUUAUUCCUGGGGAGACGGCGAUUUUGGCAAGUUGGGACGCGGUGGAUCUGAGGGUUGCUCAUCCCCUUGUCUGGUGGACAAACUCUCUGGACUGGGAGUCUGUCACGUGGAGUGCGGUGCCCAAUUCUCAGUUGCAUUGACCUGCAACGGACACGUCUACACCUGGGGCAAAGGGGACUAUUUCCGUCUAGGCCACGGAUCGGAUCAACACGUCCGUUGGCCGACUUUAGUGGAGGGGCUCAGAGGCAAAAAAGUGAUUGGAGUGUCGGUUGGAGCUCUGCAUUGCUUGGCAGUCACCGAUGCUGGACAAGUCUUUGCCUGGGGAGAUAAUGACCAUGGCCAGCAAGGCAACGGGAGCAUCACAGUCAAUCGACGUCCAACUCUAGUUCAAGGCAUAGAUGGAAUCAAGAUCACGCGUGUGGCUUGCGGAUCGUCGCACAGCGUCGCCUGGACGGCACCCGAACCACCAAGUGUCGCUCCGCCCGAACCCGUUCCGUUUCCCACCAUCAAAGAUCCUUUAGGCUCUACUGCAGCUGGAUUGACUGAAAGUUCGGCUGAAAUGGGACGCAACUCUACGCAGCCGACUAAAGAAAACAAUGCGUCGCUAAGCCGGGCAUUGCUGUCGCUGAGCAGUCUGGAAGCUCAACAGCGCGCCCUCCAUUGCGUUUUGUAUUCGAUGCAAAUCCAGUUGUGCCGCGAUGCCGUCGUCGGCAUAUUCAGCCAACGGGCCGUGGUGAAUGGCGAUUCGCCAUCUCAGACGGGACAGGCCCAGCUCUCGCCAACCGACAGCAUCAACGGAGAAGCUCCCGUCGAACAGUUUGACUGGACUAAAUUGAUCAAACACAAGGAAACGGCGGCGUUGUGGGAGCUCCUCAAAUUGUCCAGCUCGUCCUGCAAGCCGACGUCUUCCGAGGCCCGUACAACUUUGUCCAACGCUCUUCUCGCUGCCGCGGCGGAAGAAUCGUCGGUUCGCGAUUUAUUGACGGAAUUCUGCGUUGCCGAAUUGGAGGAGGUGAGCGGUGAAGGCACCAGCAUUCAUCAUUUCAAUGCCGCUGGAUUCGGCGUUGGCCUGGGUUUCCCUCAACCAAUUGUCCAGGAAUCAUCGCACCCCUACACCGACGAUGUGACGCUGACUGGACAUGUCGUGUUGCCUGGUGCGGAAUCACUGCGGGUCGAGUUUGAUCGUCAAUGUUCGACAGAAAAGCGACACGAUCCGCUGACCCUCUCUGACGGAGUGGGACGUAUACUGGCCAUUCGGUCAGGAAGGGACUGGGCUGAUUGGUCACAAGAAGUUCGCGUUCAAGGUAAUGAAUUGCGUUGGCGAUUUACUAGUGACGGGUCUGUAAAUGGCUGGGGCUGGAGAUUUAUCGUUUACCCAGUUAUUUCACCAGGGGCCACAGCCAGUGGAGAAGUCCAAAGUGAACGUCUGUUACUAGCGCGACCUUCCGUCUCGGUGGUUGCCUGUCUGCUGGAUCCUCUGAUUAAAUAUCUAAUAAGCUCUCAGUCCCGAAAAGGCCGUUUACCAACCAGACUGGCCAUGGCACUCGCCGGCUGUGCUCAACGAAGUGGUUCUUUAAGUCCUAAAGACCGAAUGUGGGCUCUGCAACGCUUGCGUAGAAUACUUUCCACGCCCGGCACCUGCUGCGAUGCCUCGCCCGCAGUGAUAAGUCUUGAAUCGUCAGAAAAUUCUGUUGCUCGAUCGGCGGUAUCUUCGGCCAUGAUGUCACCGCGAGACAUAAAUCACGGCACACUCGGGAAACUGUUGAGAAACCUCCCAGAAAUGUUGUUGCAACAAUACGAAUACGAAGAGGCUGCCGUGCGCGGAGGCCAGCAAUUGCUGCAUAGUCCUUUCCUCCAAGUUUUGAUUGCGCUGGCCUGCGAUCUUCGCUUUGAUCGAUUACCGAUUUGCACUAAUGACGGAUCCCGCUGGUCAUGGUUUCGAAGAUAUUGCGCGGCGGCCAGAGCAGCUACGGGACUCAUGCAAAGAAUACGGCUGCCGGAAUCAUUUACGGCCGAUGUCAAGAGAAAAAUUUCGGAAAUUCAAAAUGACGGGGCCAACGUGGGCAACGAUCAUGAAGAUCCAGCCGUGUUUAGUCAUGAGCACGAUCAGCAAUUGUUACAAUGGAUGAACAGUCACCCGGAAGAUUGGACCCAAAGCUGGACGGCCGUCGGAGGAGGUCAAAUUUACGGUUGGGGUCAUAAUCAUCGAGGGCAGCUUGGUGGCGUCGAAGGGGCUAAAGUCAAAGUGCCGACAGUGUGUGAAGCCUUGUCCGCCCUCCGCCCCAUCCAGCUGGCCGGUGGCGAGCAAACGCUUUUCGCCAUUACGUCCGACGGAAGAGUCUACGCCACUGGAUAUGGAGCUGGUGGUCGGCUAGGCAUAGGAGGAGCAGAGAGUGUGACUGUGCCGUCACUCUUGGAAUCCCUGCAGCACGUUUUCGUUAAGAAAGUGGCCGUUAACUCUGGAGGCAAGCAUUGCCUUGCACUCUCGUCCGAAGGUGAAGUCUACAGCUGGGGUGAAGGAGAAGAUGGCAAGUUGGGUCAUGGAAACAAGCUACCUUGUGAUCGACCCCGAAUCAUUGAAUCACUUCGUGGCAAAGAUGUGGUGGACGUCGCUUGUGGUGGGGCCCACAGUGCAGCCAUCACCGCCUCGGGUGAAUUGUACACUUGGGGCAAAGGUCGCUACGGUCGACUCGGUCACGGAGAUUCGGAUGACCAGCUGAAGCCCAAACUAGUCGAAGCUUUAUUAGGUUAUCGCGUAACGGAUGUCGCUUGUGGAUCUGGAGAUGCUCAAACUUGUGCAAUCACCGAUGAAGAAGGUGGAACUGUAUGGUCGUGGGGGGAUGGCGACUAUGGAAAGCUGGGUCGAGGCGGAUCGGACGGUUGCAAAAUUCCGACCAAGAUCGAAAGUUUAUCGGGUCUGGGCAUCAUAAAAGUGGAAUGUGGAAGCCAAUUUUCGGUGGCCCUUAGCAAUAAUGGAUCGGUUUACACUUGGGGUAAAGGCGACUACCACCGUCUGGGACACGGAGUCGACGAGCACGUCCGUCGACCUAAAAAAGUGAUGACCCUUCAGGGAAAGAAAGUGAUAUCCAUCUCAACGGGGGCAUUGCAUUGUGUUGUUUGCACCGACCAAGGCGAGGUCUACACAUGGGGCGAUAACGACGAAGGUCAACUAGGGGACGGAACGACUACUGGCAUUCAAAAGCCUCGACUGGUGGCUGCUUUACAGAACAAGAAAAUCAAUCGAGUUAGUUGCGGUUCAGCGCAUACUGUUGCCUGGAGCACCUGCAAAGGAUGUUCGACGCCGGUUGCUGGAAGCAGCCGCCUGCCAACCAGUAUACCCUUGCAAUAUGAUCUGUUGAAAGAUAUCCCAAUACCUGCGCUUCGUAAUCGUUUGCUGUUGCUGCAUCACUUUGCCGAAAUCGUGUGCCCGAUAUUACCGAUGCUACCCCUGGGAACGGUCAAUUGCAGAGACAUGGAUGGAAAUGUGCUGGAAGAAACGGAAGGAGUGCUUUGCGGAAAUCACGAUAGACUGAGAGGCAUCCUUAUGGCGUCCGCCAAAGAAGCCGCUUUUCGCAAAGUUGUACAGGCAACGAUGAUUCGAGAUCGCCAACACGGUCCGGUUGUGGAACUGAAUCGAAUUGCCCUCAGACGUUCGCGGGCCACUGGAACGUCGGGCAACGCGGGUCCAAAUUCCACCGUCUUCGCUCAGAUGGCCAACAAACUUUCUCUGCUGACUUACGACGUCCUCAUGUUGCCCCACAGGACGUGGAAAGUCAAAUUCGUCGGAGAAAGCGUCGACGACUGUGGAGGUGGAUACAGUGAAAGUAUCGCCGAGAUGUGCGAAGAAUUGCAAAACGGAAGCCUGCCACUCCUGAUUCUGACUCCAAACGGUCGUGAAGAAGCUGGAACCAAUCGGGAUUGCUUCAUUUUGAACCCGAGUGCCAGCACUGCGCAGAACCUGAAAAUGUUUCAAUUCCUGGGCGUGUUGAUGGGAAUCGCCAUCCGCACUGGCUCGCCGUUAAGUCUCAAUCUCGCCGAACCUACCUGGAAGGCCCUGGUCGGUUUGCCUCUGAGCUUGAUUGAUCUGAAUGAAAUCGAUCGACACUAUUGGCCGGCACUCUGCCACAUUCGCGACUGCAAAGACGCCGACGGCGAUGUGACAUUGAGUCAACUGGAUUUGCCCUUCUCGACGAGUUCAGCCACGGGGCACGAAGUGGCCCUUUCACCUCACACGCACCGGCGCAUCACCCGCGACAAUCGCGAUCUCUACCUCCAGCUGGCCUUGCAUUUUCGGCUCCACGAAUUCGACCCGCAGGUGCGGGCCGUCCGCCAGGGGCUCGGUCAGGUCGUGCCUUUGCCUCUGCUCUCCCUGUUCACUGGAGCCGAGCUGGAAGCCAUGGUGUGCGGAUCGCCUGAAAUUCCGCUGGCCCUGCUCAAAUCGGUGACCACCUACAAGGGGAUCGAGCCUCACUGCGCCCUCGUCCGCUGGUUCUGGGAAGUCAUGGAAGAGUAUAGCCACGUUGAGCGAUCCCUUUUCCUCCGUUUCGUUUGGGGCAGAACACGUUUACCGAGGACAUUGGCGGACUUUCGAGGCCGGGAUUUCGUACUCCAGGUUCUGGACAAGUAUAAUCCGGCCGAUUACUUCCUGCCGGAGAGUUACACGUGCUUCUUUCUGCUCAAGAUGCCGCGUUACUCUUGCAAAGCCGUUCUGCGCGAGAAGCUCAGCUACGCCAUCCACUUUUGCAAAUCGAUCGACAACGACGAGUACGCCCGCGUGGCGGCUCCCGAGGUUCUCCUCAACCCACCUGCUCACGAAGACGACGUCGAAAAUGAAGCAGAAAACUAAGUCUUUUUUUUUAAUUAUUAUUAUAAUUGUCCAGUUUGUCCUCAAUGAUAAAAAUUGUUAUUCUAAAAUUUAGAGAAAUUUUCCCUUUUUUCCUUUUCUCUGCCGCUUGUGUUUAAUGUCGCACGUACGAAUACAGAAAAACUACAAAACAUC